GGAAAGAGGAGGGGGAGAGAGGGGAGAGGACCGGAAGACGAAACGCGACCGGAGAGAAGAAAUCAAGAGGAAAGAGAAGGAGAGGAUAAUGAGUGAGAGGAAGAAAGAGGAUAGAAGAAAGGAGCGAACAGGAGGGGCAUGAACAAACGAGGAGACUGCUCGGCAAGUGAACAAGGAAGGAAAACGGGAAGCGACUUGUGGACGAAAUCUCCGAGGGAGAGACCGAAGGACAUCUGAAGAAUGCACAGGCAGAACCACGCGCACAGAAGUGCCACCCUUGUGCGCAGCGAUACGAACGAAGCAGACCAACCGUGCAGGCCGCCAAGGGUGCGGUGCGGUGAAAAGCGGAUCAAGAGAAGACAGUCGCACAGUGGAGAGUUCGCGAAACAAACAGGACGCGUGAGAGUCGCCAAUGCGAUGGAGACCAACAGAGGGGUUUGAGGAGAGUAGGAAAGCAAUGAGUCAGAUGCAACCGGUGUGACAGUGAUGCGUUUUAACAGAGCGGGGGAGGGGGGAGGA